GCAGACGAUUAAAGUGUAAUAUGGUACUAAAGCGGAAUCUCAGCAUCCCACUCAAACUAGCGCUCCGACACAGCCUGCAGCUGCAUCGACGGUAAACAGAGCAAGGUAGCGCAUGGGCAGCCAGCAGGGAAUUAUUCCACAUCGCAUCACAUCCCUGAGCAUACAUGGCGCCCUCGCACACCGAGAUAUGAAUUUAGUGUGCAAGCGAACGAGGUAGUCGCGAUUUCCCCCUCUUUCUUUCUUUCUUCCCCCCUUUUUUCACUUGCAGCCAUCAUUCUCUGCGUCGGUGUGCAGCAGCGGAGAAGAUUCAGCGCACAUUGCUACAGUAGGUAUCAUCAUUUUUUCGGGAUCAAGACGAUGGAUGCGGGCUCCCCCGGAUCUAUUGCUGCAAACACGGCGUGCGGGCUCGAUUUUUUAUUCCAAACGCAUCCACAUCUUCCGUAUGUUCCUAUGUGUCUUUGAAAGGGAGGAGGAGGAAAUGAGAAGAAAGCUUUAUUUUGACUCACGCCUGUCGCGAUGGAGGCAUCAUUAAGAAGACCAGUAAAUUCAAGAUCAAACACACUUCAUUCAGUCAUGAAGGAUCGUUAUUAUUCAGCCUAAGAGCAAAGAAGCAUCUCCUAGCUCCAACCUGCAAUUUGUUUUUCUAUGAGCACCGAAUCACAGAGGAGGUUAAUCCAAGCUUCGAUCCGAUGUAGGAGCUGUUCCCUCAAAUUCCCACAACCUCUACUCUUGCUUGGAUUUCAGCAUUCAGUAAAAUCCGCCAGCUGGUUAUCAGGUCCUGUAGAGUCAACAGUAUCCACAGACCGGGUCAAGAACCUCUUUUCCACCAAGAGCGAUAAAAACGUGACCACUGUGCUGAUCUGGCUCUGGCCCUUCGGACAAACGUAUGACCUGAGCGUCUGCAGCUCUCUCUUUAACAUUGAUGGCUGCUUCAUCACAGCAGACAGGAACUUCUACAAUAAGUCUGAUGGGGUCGUCAUCCAUCACCGGGACAUCAGCACUGACCUGUCCAAUCUGCCGCCGCUGCAACGACCGUCGUUCCAGAAGUGGAUAUGGAUGAACUUUGAGUCGCCGUCACAUUCGUCCCAGCUGCCUGGGAUAGAGAACCUGUUUAAUCUGACUCUCAAUUACCGUCAGGAUGCUGACAUUGAAGUGCCUUAUGGGUCCAUCGUAGCAGCAGAAGGGGAAGAGGAUUUUGUACCACCCAGCAAAAACAAGCUGAUCUGCUGGAUUGUAAGCAACUGGAACCAGGAUCACGUGCGGGUGAAAUAUUAUAAUGAACUCUACAAACACAUUGAGGUUCAUGCAUAUGGACAGGCCUUUGGGGAGUACAUCUCUGACCAAGACUACUUCCCCACCAUCGCCAGCUGCAAGUUCUAUCUGGCGUUUGAGAACUCCAUCCACAAAGAUUACAUUACAGAGAAACUGUACAACCCACUCUCAGUGGGGACAGUGCCAGUGGUUCUCGGCCCACCCAGGCAGAAUUACGAAAACUUUAUCCAGGGAGACUCCUUCAUUCAUGUUGACGACUUCAGCUCGCCCAAGGAAUUGGCUGAUUACCUGCUGCUCCUGGACAAAAAUGAGGAAAUGUACCUCAGGUACUUUGAGUGGCGGCGACACUUUAAAGUAAAGAAGGCCUAUUUUUGGGCAGAGCACACAUGCCUGGCUUGUGAUUACUUGCGAAGGCACAAAGAAUACAAGGCAUUCAAUAACCUUGAUAAGUGGUACUGGGGCGGUUAGAGAUUUGAAGGGCUGUGUGUGAGGGGCUAAGCAGCCAAGGCAUAAAGGACACAGGUAAAAAAUUUCUUCAAAAAGGGUUUUCUUUAUUUUAACCCUCAAAAAGUUAAAAAAAGACUAAAUUCAAAAACAUAAGUAGCAAGCCCAUAAAAGAGGUCACCUAAAUGUAACUAUAAAAAGUAAUUUCCAGAAGCUUAAACAAACAAACUGGACACAACUUAACUCACAAACUGCCCUAAUUACAAAGACACAAGAGGGUAGCUUUUAUAGUGGUUUGGCCAAACCAUUUACACACAAUAGGGGGAAAACAAAAACACACACUAAUAUUAACUAAGCACAGAAUAACAUAAGUAAACCUAAAACACCCCUGUUCCUGAUGAGCACAUGGUUGAUCCUUCUGAGCAGGCCUGUUGUUCUCAGAGUCCUCAGCCAUGCCUUUUGCCCCCACACUCCAUACCAGUUGGUGGCGGUAAUGCACCUUUCAGUUGUUUGCCAACCGCCAAUAAAAAUGUAGAAGAAGAAGAACGAUCCCUUUUGCCCAGACAGGAAACAGCCACCGCCCAAACCCAGGUAACUCAAAAAAACAAAAACAUAAUUAAUAUAACAGAAAACAUUUUUAGAAAAACCACACAAUGCUAUUAUGUGCGCGCCUCAUAAUAUCAGUGUUAGGUUUAACCAAAUGAUUAAUGAAUUAUAUUAAUGACGAAAACUGUAAAACAAACUAAUAAAGUGAACAAAUGGACUGAUUUACCCAUGUGUGGCUGAUGCCAUCACACUGUGUGAUUUUUGUUAUGUUGUUGAAGGCAGUACAUUAAGAUUUUUGUCCUUCAGUUAACACAAAGGUUCGUUGCUGUUCUGUCGUGAGCAGCUGAAUGGUGUCUUUCUAUUGGUUCAGAGGCCCAGUGACACAUCUAGCUUGUUCUUUUUUUGUCCUUUGAAUUUUAGUUAAGCCUUACUUUGCCUUUUGAGUUAUUAAUUUAUCAUUUUUAUUUAUUUUUUAUGAUUUACAAGUGCACAGUUUUUUUUAAUUAUUUCUGACCAUGUUUUACUUAACAUAACCUCAUCUGCUGCUAUUUUUUUAAAUGAUUUUGUCCUAUUUUUUAGUGUGAUUGCAUGAUUGUAUAAACGUUCUAUAAACAUACAUGAUGCAAGUUUUGUUUUUGUUUUUUAUUAUCCCCUGCUUAUGAAGUGGCACAAGCUGACAUUGGGGAAAGUGUUAGCUGGAGAAGAGGGGCUGACAUAAAAGUGAAAAUAUUUAUGUAAUAUUUAUUCAAAUGAGGCAUUAUAUGAUAAAAAACAAUCUCAUCUGUGCUAGUGAUGAAUUCACCUAUGCAUUGUUUACUAAACUCCAAUGUGAAAAUGGUUCAAUAGGGUCAUGUACAUAUUGUGUAUUUUUGGAAUUAUGUAGCUGUAAUUUUUUUUCCAUAUUUUUUAUAAGUUUGCAUUUGCACUGCUAAUCAAACUGUUAUUUUCACAUACUUACACUAAGGCAGAUGGUCAAUAUGUAUUUGUAGAUUGGAUUUGGCGAUCUUUACCUUGGUAUCCGACAGAAGAUGUCACUGUUAUGUGAGAGGGAGGUUGCUAAUUAAUAUUGCUGUGAAUUGUUCAUUGUCUUUUGUAAUUUUGUCACGGUGUUUUGGAUACCAUGUGGAUGAUGAUGAUGAUAGCACAGCACAGAGCCAUUGUACUGCAAUAUGAAACUCCCACACACACCUCCUCACAUUGCAUCUUAAUUUGGAAAGUCUGUCAUUUUUGACUGACUGCAUUAAGCAGAAAGAGCACAAAAUGAGCACGUAGUAUAAGCAUUUGCUUAAGCUCUUUACUUAGGUGCUGUACUCUCAUCACACAUUAUAACUUAAGAUAUAUAAACUGAUAUUGUUUCAUGUUUUUGGGCAGACUCGGGUAAAAAAAAAUGUUAACCAAGAUAAAAUGAAAUUGGCUCCAUGUGAAGAAAACAGUGAAAGAUGUGAUCUUCAUGGUUGCUGCAAGGUUACCCGUAUUUUUGUAUGAAUCAUCAUACCUCAGUGUUGUCUGGGAGCGAGUGUUUCCAUGUGAUUCUGAUUCUUUUAGCACUGCACCACACCCUUGAGACCACACUACAAAAAGACAGCUCGGUAUCUGCAUAUAUCGCAGAUAUUGCAUCACAUUCAGAUGUUGUCGGAACGGCUAAUUCACUGAACAAUGCAUUGCAACAGCACUCAGCAGCUAUUAACAGAGAUUUAUGUUUUUUACAGAAAGUACUGUACAAAUUCUUGUCAACGUUUUAUGCAAGAUGAGCUUCUGUGUCGAAGUAUAGAAACAGUGAGGUUGUCAGAUUAACAUUUCUUCAAUUUCAAAGGGACCAUUGAUGUAAAAUAGGAUGAAACCAAUUAUUUUCUUAUGGAGUAUGGUUCCAAAUGCCAUAGUGGACUCUGGAUAUAAACACUGUAGUGAACUGAAGCAGGAAUUGGAUCAAACCAGCCCAAAACACAGAUCAUUCCUUUAUGUCUAGCAGACAGCGGGAACUCCAGCAGCAUUGUAUAUAUUUUUCAUGGUAAAUCUCUUUAUAUCAUGCAGUUGUUGUCUGGAAGUGACUGUGACUGCGCUGUACAUUUGUAAGUAAUGCCCGGUGCUUUGAGUGGCUGUGAAUUAAGUUAAAGGGAGAGACACUUGAAAAAGGAUUAAGAGCAUCUGAAAUGAUGCUUUUAACGGUUUUGAGGUGGACAUUUUCAUCAAGGGAGGCACUUUUACAUUUGAGGAGUGAUUUUUUUUUUCUUUGUUUGUAUUUGGUGGCAAUCCUGUUGGCAUGACCUAAUUGAAAAAGUUGUGCCAAAAUGCAGCAGAAAUACAGCACUUUUAUUCAUUUCGAGUAGUGUGACUCACUGUGCCAGUUGUCGUCUUAGAUGAAGCUAUUGUGAGUUUAUAAACUGUCCUCCAAGACCUUGGCACGUCCCACAGGAUAACUAUGAAACUGCCAGUCAUGGUUUCAUAUUGUACAGUCCAAUCUCAUGUAUGAAAACAAAGCUUUCUUGUCCAAUGUGGUUGGUGACUUUAAGGGAAAAAAAAAAAGUUUUUUCAUUUUAUCCUUUUGGGCAGCAUCAGUCUUCUUUAUCUUCUCUGUUUCUUUUUUUUUUUUUGCACAAAAACAAAGAAAAGGAGCUUCUCUGUUGUCCAGUUUGAAUCUGUGAGAGGUUCACUGAUGCACCCAGAAGUGAUUCUCUGGAUGCUAUAUGACCGGGUAUCCCUAAAAAAUGUCAUUUGAUGCCAGUUCACUGAAAUAAUCUGUUAGUCAAUCAAUACUUUUUUUUGCCAAAUCAUUGUAUUUUGCCAAAUGUUGUGUUUUACUGUAUAUGUCUGAUAGUGUCAAAAUGAAAAUAAAGAUAUGGACAAAU